AUGGAUCCGCAGUUGGAGGUCUUUCUCAAGGCGUUGUCGCGCACGUUUUGUUGGUCCGCCUCCUUCUAUCCCCAGCCUAUCAGCAACUAUAGACGCCGUUCCACCACGGGCUUAGCCAUCGACUUUCCUACGAUCAAUGUCCUCGGCUUUGUUUGCUAUACCGCAUACACCUCGGCGUUUCUGUGGUCUCCCGUCAUCCGUAGUCAAUACGCCGCUCGUCAUCCCGUUUCCCCGGAGCCUACGGUGCGCUUCAACGACUUUGCGUUUGCCAUCCAUGCUGUGGUGCUCAGCGCGAUCGUGUAUUCACAAUUUUGGCCGUUCAUCUGGGGUUUCAAGGUUUCGCGGUUCCAGCGAGUCAGCAAGCCUGUGGCGGGGCUUUUCUGGGGUUCUAUUUUAGCUGUGGCUGUUGUCUCGUGGAUCGUGCUCGCCAAGAGUCCAAACAAUGGAUACGAUCCGUUCACUUGGGCCUGGAUCGACGUGAUCUACGCCUUGUCCUAUGUGAAACUGGUUAUCACGGUGGUGAAAUACGUCCCACAAGCAUGGGUCAACUACAAGCGCAAGUCCACCGUGGGAUGGAGUAUCGUGCAAAUCCUUUUCGAUCUGUCGGGCGGAAUCCUCUCGCUCAUUCAGCUGGUCGUCGAUUCCAGCAUGCAGCAAGAUUGGAGCGGCAUCAUGGGCAACCCCGUCAAAUUCCUCCUAUCCAACGUCACCAUCGUAUUCGACUUGGUGUUUGUCAUCCAACAUUAUAUUCUCUAUCGGGAUUCCGCCGAGGACAAGGACAAGCGACGGAACCCUGGCCUUGUAACGCCGCUGUUGUCAAGCUCGGGCGAUGCGGCCCGGGCAGCUAGCGUGUAG